AACUCCAGCGGGUCACGUGACUGUAUCGGCUUUUUUGUUCGAAAAACACGAAGCCGAGGGUCAGCGAUGGUGAUUACUUUAACCACAUGUAUACAUGGCUUAAGAAAUUGGCGUCUGAUUAAUUGUUAGUUUUGAUCAAUUAUCUUGGAAAAGUUACAUCAGGAAGUGGUUUGAGGAAGUAGUUCUUCUCCUUGGUUGAGUGACAGCUGUGGUAGUGACAGCCCACACGGCGGAGCACCACAGAAUCAAGAUGGCAGGACUGUCUUUAUAUUUUGAAGAUGGCCACGAUGAUAUGGAUGACUUCCACACAGUUGGAUUUGAAAACUAUGGCUCAGAGUGUGAAGGAAUACGGAUCACAGCCUUCCUAGAUGCAGGGCAAGACAACCUCACUCCUUUAGGGAGGCUUGAGAAGUAUGCCUUCAGUGAGAACCUUUUCAACAGGGAGAUCGUGGCACGCGGGCUGCUAGAUGUGCUUCGAGAGUUCAGUGACAAUGAAAAUGACUUUAUCAGUGUCAUGGAGACAGUUGCCAGAAUGUCAGAAGAUGGAGAGCCAACAGUGCGGGCUGAGCUAAUGGAACAGAUCCCAAACAUCGCCAUGUUCUUGCAUGAGAGCCGACCCAACUUCCCAGCAGCUUUCUCCAGAUACCUGGUACCAAUCGUGGUCCUGUAUCUCACCGACCCAAAUAAUCAGGUGCGGAAGACUAGCCAGGCAGCCUUGCUUGUUUUGCUGGAGCAAGGCCUCAUCUCUAAGGCCGACAUGGAGACCAAAGUCUGCCCCGUUCUGCUAGAACUCACAGAGCCGAGCAGCGACGACGAUUACAAAUCAGAGGCCGUUGCUAUCAUGUGCAAACUGGUCACCAUGUUGAGCAAAGACACCGUAGAGCGCCUGCUUCUGAUGCGCUUCUGUGAGCUGUGCAGUGAUGCCAGGCUUUUCCAAGUCCGCAAGGUCUGUGCUGCCAAUUUCGGAGAGUUCUGUUCCAUUGUAGGCCAGGAGGCAACGGAAAAGCUGCUGAUGCCCAAGUUCUUUGACCUGUGCUCAGACAGCCUGUGGGGCAUCAGGAAAGCCUGCGCAGAGUGUUUCAUGGUCGUCUCAAACUGCACAUCCCCAGAGGUGCGACGGACAAAACUGUCGCCCCUCUUCAUCAACCUCAUAAGUGACCAGUCACGCUGGGUGCGCCAAGGAGCCUUUCAGUCUCUUGGCCGCUUCAUUUCCACCUUCGCUAACCCCUCCGGCACUGGCCUCCACUUCCGGGAGGAUGGCACCUUACUUGCGCUGCCCAGGUGUACUUUAGAAAGUGACUGCUCCAUCAACCCUCUGAAGUGCUCUGAAAUGGGGGGCUGCCCCACGCAAAGGACCAUCAGCCACACUCCUGCCAACCAGGACGGCCGCGCUACUCCUUCCCCUGAGCGCUCCCUGAUGGCUGACCUCGAGUAUGCACACGCUUUCGGCAACAACUCCACGACCGCUGCCUCGGAGACGCGAGGAAACCCCACAUCCGGUGGCCCUUAUAGCAACACAAACAACAACAAUGACCCCACGGCUACGGAGAACGACAAGAACCAAAAGGACAUGGAGCAGGCCGACGAGAACUUCAACUCUUUUAACUACUGGAGGCCUCCGUUACCCGACAUCAGCGGGGAGCUGGAGAUGCUCACUGGCCCAACCACAGGGGAGGAAGUGGAAGGAGAGGAAGAGGAUGAGGAGGAAUGUCCUGUGUCAACAUACAGCCCAGCUAAAGCCACCAGUGACCAGAUCCAGAAAGUCCUGGACUGCUUGCAGCCCCAUAUGGAUGACCCUGAUGUACAGGCCCAAGUCCAGGUGUUGUCGGCAGCCCUUAAGGUGGCCCAGCUGGACAGCCCGACGGAUGGCAGCCCAACCGAAGACCAGCCAUCGAGUCCAACUGAAGGCCACGCCGACAGCGAUAGCCCCCCACCAGAGACCAAAACGGCUGAGGUCCAAGUGGAGAGCGAGCAGAAUCCCACAGAAGAGGAGCAAAUGGUGGAGCCUCCCCCGGUCCCGGAGUCCUGCCCCGUCCAGGAACAGGGCGAGAUGGAGACCCAGACAGAGCCCCAGGAGGGCCAAGAAGACUCUCCCCCAGGUUCCCCUGUCUUGGUGCGGGACGACUCGGACCACAGCAGCGUGGAAUCUGAACUGAUUGAAAGCGUGGAGGAGGAGAAGGAGGACUCUGCCCCUAGUCCAGUGCCAGAGGAGAAGCCUAAGCUCCAGAACGUCAUACCCCAGCAGCUGUUGGACCAGUACCUGUCCAUGACGGACCCAGACAGGGCCCAGACGGUGGACACGGAGAUAGCCAAACACUGUGCCUUCAGUCUGCCUGGGGUGGCCCUCACGCUUGGCCGCCAGAACUGGCACUGCCUCAAGGACACAUACGAGACGCUGGCCACUGAUGUUCAGUGGAAGGUGCGUCGAACGCUGGCCUUCUCCAUCCAUGAGCUGGCGGUGAUCCUGGGCGACCAGCUGACGGCCGCCGACCUGGUGCCCAUCUUCAACGGCUUCCUCAAGGACCUGGACGAGGUCCGCAUCGGCGUCCUCAAACACCUGUUCGACUUCCUCAAGCUGCUGCAUGCAGAGAAGAGGAGAGAGUAUCUUUACCAGCUGCAGGAGUUCAUGGUGACCGACAACAGCCGCAACUGGAGGUUCAGAUACGAGCUGGCCGAGCAGUUGAUCCUGAUCAUAGAGUUGUACAGCCACUACGACGUGUAUGACUACCUCAGACAGAUUGCUCUCACACUCUGCUCAGACAAGGUUUCCCAAGUCCGGUGGAUCUCCUACAAACUGGUGGUGGAGAUCCUCCAGAAGCUGUAUGCAAGUGGAGCUAAUGACCUAGGCCUAAACUUUAUCAACGAGCUCAUAGUCCGAUUCUGCCAUUGUAACAAGUGGGUGGGACGGCAAGCCUUUGCAUUCAUCUGCCAGGCUGUAGUAGAGGAGGACUGCAUGCCCAUGGAUCAGUUCGCCCAGCAUCUCCUGCCCAGUCUGUUGAGCCUCUCUUCGGACUCGGUGGCCAACGUGCGCGUCCUCGUAGCCAAGGCCCUGCGACAGAGCGUCAUGGAGAAAGCCUACUUCAAGGAGCCCGGCUGCCCCUUCUCGGACGAGCUGGAGGAGACGGUGAUGGCGCUGCAGACGGACAAGGACCGCGACGUGCGUUUCUUUGCCACUCUGGAUCCAAACAAGGCCCUGAUGGACACGGCCCCUUUAAUCUAGCCGCCAUCUCUGCCCCCCCUCCCUCACUCCCCUUUAACCCCCUCCGCCUGCCUGUCUGUCUACCUGUCUGUCUGACUGAGGCACAGUCAGCGUCUAACUGCCGUCACCAGCACCUGACCACCAGACCCCACCACCUGCAGAACUGUCCUGCACCAGCCACACCCUACAGAUUUGUACAGACUACAGCAUAUAUACCGCCCUAAAUCAUGCAUGCUCUCGUAAAACAAAAAAAAACAACAGAGCUGCAUUGUUUUUUUUUAUUGCGAUGAGACCUGCAUAAUGCACAUUAUACAACACAUAAUAGACAUUUUUUCAAUUCAAGAGGGAUGUUUUUGAUCUCUUCUUGCCAUGAAGCUCCCCAAUCAGAAAAGAAAACCUAACAAUAGUGAGCAGGACUCAAGAGAUUAGUCUGACCCUUCUUUGGGGGCAGCCGUGUCUCCUCGUCACUCGGCUCGUCCUCCUUUUCCUCGGCUAUACCAGUAACAUGCUAAGACCCUGCUUCACCAAUCAACGAGGGGGCUAAGAGCGUGUUCUCCAAAGCUAAUUAUAAAGUCGAUUUUGUUUUUUUCCUUCCCGUUCUGAUUAUUUUAUUUUUACUUUCGGAUCACUAAACGAACAAGCACGCUAAGGAAGUCUGCAUGGCGGACGCAGGCACCAACUCAGGGGGGACUGAUCCAGACCUUGACGCGUUAGCUCUGACCUGCUACUACCAGCUAGGCCUGUGCGGCGGCUCGCCACGUCCCAGCUGAUGGAACUCCCGGUGGUUUACUAAGUUAGUUCUGGACCAGCUUAAAAACCCACCCAGUAGCUCUGCUGCUGGGUCUCUCUUGCCACACCAACCUGUUGUGUUCCUCAUUUCCACUGGGCUCUUCACGCUUUCCCAUUCCUCUCCAUUUUCACUUGUUUCUCACACAUUCUGCUUCACGUGUUCAUGGACCGAUGAUGCUACCACUACGACGACGGCUGUCACACAGGAGAACCGAGGACUGCCUCUGCGUUACAGGCCUUGAUGUAAACACCAUGUCUCAUGUCUGAAUGAAUGCCUUAAUGGACUAUUGGUGGCAUUGCUGCCGCGUGUGUGUGUGUGUGUGUGUGUGCGUGUGUGUGCAAAUAAUGUGACGGCACCUCUCCAAGGAUGGCAGGAGAGCCAAGGAAAUACCUCUCUGUCAGGAUGCGGCUCUGGCCAGUGUGUGUUGUCUAGAGAAAAGGGGCCCAGGGUUGGAGCAGACUGAAUGUCCUCUUGUGUUGAACUGCUCUCGCGGGGAGCACCUUUCACAUGAUUAAGAAACACUUGAUUCUAACAAGGGCUCACAACGAAGUGGCACGGUUCGAUUUUCAAACCUCAGAGCAAAGGACGGUGGCAACUCAAGCACACUAUUCUUUUAUUUCAUUUGUAUUAUGCAUGUCAAGCCUUCCGUUUUCCCUUCCUCCUGUUGUACAGUCUAUCCCUAGCUCCCUUUUUUAAGUUGACCACAUAUGUGACCAUGGUAGCGUUUCAGUGGAUCUGACUGACCAAGUUGUACAGUAGCAAAUUCUGAAUGACGCAAAUCACAGUCGAGUGAGUUGGGCGGUUCAAUCAGGAGGUUGGUGAAUAGAUGUAAAGAGAAAGCGGUGGUAUUAUUGGCCCUUGUAUGGGUUGAAUGCAUAAAGUAUGAGGUUUCUAAACCCUUAGCUAUUUGGAACAUUGUAUAGCUUAAACCUGUGGAAACGAUGUGUUUCUGAAACAAUGGCCAGUCAUCUUUAUUUUUUAUUUUUACAAUGACAUGUGUGAAUAUGAUGGGAGCAGUCACCAAGUCACUUUCUGAGUCUUCAGUUCUUUGACACCCCCCCCGGCCCACCUAGUUUGUAAAUCAGCCAUUCUGACCAUGACUUGAAGUCUCAGCUGAUGUGUGGAGCGCGCUGCGCAUUCCCAAGUACUUCUUGUGUUUGGAAGGAGAGUUAACUGUGUGGCUGUGCAUCGUCUAUACUCAUCUCAUCUGUCAGCAAACAUUUUGUGCCCAUCUCAUUUUUUAUGUGGUAGAACUGUUAAUAUAUGCAUUUUAUGAAAAUUAUUUUUCUUUUCAAUUAUGCACCACUGUUCAAAGAUUUUAUAUCCUAACUUUGCAAAAUCUACAACCUUUGUAAUAUUCAAUGGUUUCUUUUAAAAGGACAUUUUAUGUAAUGUUAUUUUUAGCAUUCUGUAAUUAAAAUGAUGAAAUUA